CGCUCGCUUCCCACAUCCACUUGGCGUCUGCCAGAGUUGUGAAACUCUGCUACCAAUGAUUUCGAUGGAGUCUGCUGGAAUGGCACUCGUCUUCAUGUCCGUUGGGUUCUUGUUCUGUGGGAUGUACUUCCUCGUCCUUUCCGCCUUUGAUUUCGCGCGAAGCACUCCACUGAAUGCCCUCCCCACGGUUCAAGUCAUCGUCGAAGAUACGCACUACAAGUAUCUCAUUCUCUUACUCAUUCCUACGACGUCGUAUUUCGUCAUUGCGAAUUGGGUUGGAUGGCAGUACUUUCGCAACGCGUGAUAGGCACCGGCAUACUGGCCAGAGUGGAUAUUUUGGGUUCGACGGCACUUGAAUUAAGAGAGCCUGGGCUUGGCUUGGGACGGAGGAGGGAGGCGUGCGUUUCCCUCGCGCGCCUGACUGGCGGGAAUUCGCCUUAGACAACAUCCAUCGUACAGCUCAAGACAAGGCAGAAUCGUAUGGGCGAACCUAAG